AUGGAUUCCCUUACCACCCAUCCCUCCAACGCGCAGCAGGCUCGUGCCUUCACUGCUACCUCAUCCUUGUCGUUCCCUGGUGGCGCAGGCGACCUGACCCCUCCGGUUUCUGUGUCGGAUGGUAUGGCCCAAGGUGGUCUGCAGGCUGGAGGAAAUCCCGUUAGCGGCACCGGGGUGACUCCCGCUUCUCCCGCUACCCCGGCCGCGACCCCUGGUGCUACUACUGGAAGCAGUGGCAUUGUCCCUACCUUGCAGAAUAUCGUUGCCACCGUCAACCUUGACUGUCGUCUGGAUCUCAAGACGAUCGCAUUGCACGCACGCAACGCCGAGUACAACCCAAAGCGUUUCGCUGCCGUGAUCAUGCGUAUUCGCGAGCCUAAGACUACUGCUCUGAUCUUCGCCUCUGGCAAGAUGGUCGUUACCGGUGCCAAGUCGGAGGAUGACUCCAAGCUGGCUUCUCGCAAGUACGCUCGUAUCAUCCAGAAGCUUGGCUUCAAUGCCAAGUUCACCGACUUCAAGAUCCAGAACAUCGUCGGUUCUUGCGACAUCAAGUUCCCCAUCCGUUUGGAGGGUUUGGCUUCUCGCCACCACAAUUUCAGCUCCUACGAGCCUGAAUUGUUCCCUGGUUUGAUCUAUCGCAUGAUGAAGCCCAAGAUCGUUCUUCUGAUCUUCGUCAGUGGCAAGAUUGUCCUGACUGGUGCUAAAGUCCGCGAAGAGAUAUACCAGGCUUUUGAAUUGAUCUAUCCUGUGCUCUCCGAUUUCCGCAAGGUUUAA